AUGCUUCGUGUAUAUGUAGAAGCCACUAAAGCAAAUGGGAAACAAGAAAAGUUUCACGACACACAUUUAUGGGAAUAUCCAAUUGGAUACACACAACUUGUUGUAAUCAAACACCCGAAUAAUUUAGAUUUAAACAAAAUCAAGAAGGAUGAAACUGGGUUAGACGUGCAUUACGACAUGACAUGUUCAUCUCAGCUGAUACUUGUUUAUAAAUAA